AUGAAAUUAUCAUUCGCUGCUGCUACCCUCUUCGUCAUCUCGACUGUUUUCGCAGCUCCACUUCUUGAUGAGGCUGCUAAUGGCUUAGGAAAGAAGAUUCUCAAGCGUGACCCAUUAGCUGAUGAAUCACUCAACGGUGCACUCAAGAACGCCGUCAAGCGUGACAAUAAAGAAGAAAAGAGAUUAUUGAACGAGAGUUUGAACGGCGCCCUCGCUCACGCCAUCAAGCGUGACACUAAAGAAGAAAAGAGAUUAUUGAACGAGAGCUUGAACGGCGCUCUCGCUGGUGCUCUCAAGCGUGACAACAAAGAAGAAAAGAGAUUAUUGGACAAGAGCUUGAACCAUGCCCUCGCUGGCGCCGUUUAACUUAGCUUCUUGAUGCUUUCAUGCUUCAAAGAGCACAUUAAUUUAUAAUUCUAUGUACUCU